AUGUUCCUCCAACGCACGGCCUCCGCCCUUGUGCGGCGCUCUCCCGCCCGCGCUCUCGCUAUUGCCCGCCCGUUCUCCUCGUCCGUGGCUCGCCAGAUCAAGAACGAGGACGACCUGAUCGCCCCCGGCGCCAAGCCCGGCACCGUCCCGACCGACCUCAGCCAGGCCACCGGUCUCGAGCGUCUGGAGCUCAUCGGAAAGAUGCAGGGCAUUGACAUUUUCGACAUGCGGCCCCUGGAUGCCUCCCGGAAAGGAACUCUCGACAACCCCAUCAUCGUCACCGGCGCCGGUGAUGAGCAGUACGCUGGUUGCACCGGCUACCCGGCAGACUCGCACCAGGUUAACUGGCUGACUGUGUCCCGCGAGCGUCCCAUCGAGCGCUGCAACGAGUGCGGCAACGUUGUCAAGCUGAAAUACGUCGGUCCCGAGGAGGAUCCCCACGCCCGUACGUUUUUCCUGUGUAGCAGUGCUAUCAUCCAAAGACUUUUGAACGUGUUACAAAACAAGCAAGAAAACUAA